AUGUCCUACGCUAACGCCUUUUUCUCUUUAGAGGAAUUUCUAUAAUCUAACUUAGAUGGUCUAAAAAACUUACAGUUACUUGUUGGAUAUCAAGGUUUUGAUGAGACUCAAAUUUCUCAUUUAGCUUCUGCUUUAAAUUAAUGCUCAUAAAUAGAAAAUCUCGAGCUUGAUUUAGCCUAGAAUGGAAUAAACGAAGAAGGUAUAACAAAUAUAUGUUAAUCAUUAUCCAAAAUGACUGAAUUAAAAUCUUUAAAUCUCAAUUUUACAAACAACUCUAUUGACUAAAAGAAAGCGAGCAUAAUCAGUUCUAUUUGGACUAACUACAAGAAUCUUUAAAGCUUAUCAAUUGAUUUAGAACUUGAUUUAUAAGAUGAAGAAUGUCUCAAUAUCUAAAUUUCUAAAAUAGAGCAAUGUUAAUAAAUAUAGAAAUUAUCACUAAAGUUUUGGUAAUAAGAUGAAAGUAAAGACUAGAUAAAAGAACAUGAAUUAUAAAGUUUAAGUUCUUUAAUAGCUAAUCUUAAAAAUCUUACCAAUUUGGAAGUCAGCUUUAACUUUAUUCAAGUGAAUAUAGAAAUAAUAAAUCUAUUAGCAACUGCACUUACCUAAUCUAAGAUUCUAUCUUCUUUGAAAAUUGACCUUUAAGAUACUAAAAUUUAAGAUUAAGAUAUCACUGAGCUUACAAAUAGUUUGCCUUAAUUAAAGAAUCUUAAAAAGUUAUCACUUGGUAUCAGAUAAACUUAAAUUAGCUCAUAAGGUGUAAGGAAAUUGUUUUAAUCUCUUUAAAAGUGCAUUAAUCUCAAUAAUUUUGAAUUCGAUAUGAGCUAUAUAUAAAUGUUAGAUAAUAAUUAAUCUUAAGAACCUUGCUUAUUUUUAGAUUUGGGUUAGUGCAUAAAUUUAAAAAGCUUAACUUUGUUUAAUAACGGAAAUUAUUAUUCUGAUGGUUAGGUGUCUGGUUUGGGAACAUGCUUUUCUAGCUUAAAAAAUCUUACCAAUUUAUAUCUUAACUUAGGAGAUUGUAAUAUUUGUAAAGUUGGUAUCAAAAAUUUAUCAUAGUAUUUCGGGAGCUGCAAUAAUCUUGAGAGUUUGCUAAUAGAAUUAUCAGAUAAUAAUAUAGGCGAUGAAGGGAUAAUUGAAUUAGUUAAUGAAUUAAAAAAUUCUGUAAAUCUUAAAAACCUUUAACUCUAUUUAAGAGGAUGUAUUCAAUCAAAAGGUGUUAUAAAUCUAGGUUAAAGUUUACAGCAAUUCAAGAAUCUAUCAAAUCUAGAAUUAGAUUUAUCGUAUAACUAAAUUCAAGACGAAGGUAUCACUUAGCUUUUUAAUGACUUGUCUAGAUCUUAAUAAUUAUCUAGAUUAGAUUUUAGUGCAUGGGAUUGUGGUAUCACAGAAGAAGGAGCGAAUAAUAUAAUUUUAGCUUUGAGAAAUAAUUUUUCUAUUAAGGAUUUAAAACUAGAAUUAAGCGGAAAUGGCUUCAAUUUCGAGUUUUUCACAAAGUUAUCAGCAAGAGUUAGAAAGAUAAAGUAAUUAGUAAAAUUGAAUUUUAGGAUAGAGUGCUAUUGA